AUGCGUUACCUGGCUCGCCGUCCACUCUUUGGUGCGGAAAAUUUUGUGCACAGAUGCGCGUUUAUCUUCCGCCAGCCGUCUCGGUCGGCUGUGUCGAACGUGUUCCUGGCGCCGUUCAGCGGCGGCGUGUGGGGCGCCAGCGCGUGCGUGGCGGCCAGCGCCGCGCUGCUGCUGGCCGCGCUGCGCCGCCUGCGCCUGCACACGCGCGCCGCCACCGACCUGCAGCUCUUCACGCUGCCCGAGGCCUUCACCUUCGCACUUGGCUCGCUGUGCCAGCAAGGGUUCCAUCGGACGCCGCCGGUGACGUCAGUGCGGGUGGUGAUGUUUAGCACACUGCUGACGUCAUUGUUCGUGUUCACCGCGUACUCGGCCAAGAUCGUGGCCAUCCUGCAGACUCCCAGCAAUGCGCUACAAACUAUCGAUGACCUGGUGCGCUCACCCAUGACCAUCGGCGUCCAGGACACCACAUAUAAGACGGUUUACUUUCUCGAGAGUCCUGAGAAGUCGACGCAGCAGCUGUACCGGCACAAGAUCCUGCCGCAGGGCGAGCGCGCGUACCUCAGCGUCGUGGACGGCAUCGCGCGCGUGCGCACUGGGUUCUUCGCCUUCCAGGCUAGUCGCAUAAUGCUCUUUGCACAGUCCCCAUACACCCGGGGCCGCGGUACCUACGUGGAACAGCUGAGGUCCGGUCACUUAUGUGAGUAUAACAUUGCCGUGCAGGUGGAGAAGAGCUCCGGCUACGACAUAAUAAAGCAGACGUUCACGGAGCGCGAGAAGUGCAGCCUCAGUGAGAUCGAGGCGUUCAAGCCGCCGCUGGUGGCCGUGCCCAUGAAGAAACACUCUGGUUACAGGGAACUCUUUGCAACCAGGAUGCGGUGGCAGCGCGAGGUGGGCAUGAUGGACCGCGCGCGCCGCGUGUGGCUGGUGGCGCGGCCGCGCUGCGAGGCGGCCGGCACCGGCUUCGUCAGCAUCGGGCUCAUCGACGUCCUGCCGGCGCUCCAGGUGUUGGCGCUGGGCGCGAUAUUGUCGGUGCUGCUGCUGGCGGGGGAACGCGGCGCCCACCUGCUGCAGCGACACUCCACGCCCGCGCCGGCUGCCUCUUAA